GGUAAUUAAACCAAAAAAAUUGCGGAAUGAAAACAAUGUUUCGCAUCAACGAGCAUGAAAAUAAGGCGUGAACUAAGACCUUUUACCUUUUUAAUUGUAUAAAUAUGUCAGAAGAUGUAGAUGUUGAUCUGAGGGAACAAACAUUCCACAAUGCAGUUCGAGAGGUUAUUAUUUUCCUGCUGUUAUUUAUUCUGUUGUAUGUGAGUUCAUAUGUUGUCCUGUGUUAUUUCAAGAGAAAAACAGACAAUGAUGAGAUGUAUGCAGGAGAGGAAGAUGCAAUAGUAUUUAGAAUUUCGUUAUGGCUAUGUACUUUUACCUUGGCAGUAUCAGCUGGUGCUGUGUUACUUCUACCGAUAUCUAUCGUAUCCAAUGAAGUCUUACUACUGUAUCCUAAAAGUUAUUACGUUAAGUGGUUGAACAGUUCACUUAUACAUGGACUAUGGAACCAUGUGUUUCUUUUUUCCAAUCUCACAUUAUUCAUCUUCAUGCCAUUUGGUUACUUGUUCACAGAAUCAGAAGGUUUUGUAGGGUCUCGGAAGGGGCUUUUAGGGAGAGUGUAUGAAACCAUCAUAAUUUUAUGUUUGUUGACAAUAGUUGUCAUUGGACUUGCAUGGGUAGCUACUGCCAUGUUUGAUGAAGAUGAUCAUAGCAAAGAAACAUUGUUUGAUGUUUGGAACAUAUAUUUGCCAUAUUUGUAUUCAUUCAUAUCAUUUCUUGGUGUCAUUGUUUUGUUGUUAUGUACACCAAAUGGUUUUGCCAUACUUUUUACUGUGAUAGGACAAUUGGUUGUUAAACCUCAGUUUUUACGAGAUAUAGAGGAUGAUUUAUAUGCAGUGCAAUUACAAGAAGAAGAUAUACGCAGAAGAAUCAACCUGGGAAACCAUAUGCAUGUUCCUGGCAAGAUUGCUAAUGGACAUACUAGCCCAGACUCACUACAGCAACAGUUACUUGAUGUUCAGAAUACUCUUUCUGGUUUAGAAAAGAAAAAGAAAGUAUCACCUUGGAGAAGAAACCUGGGUUAUCCUUUAGUUAUGUUGUUGUUAUUAGUUUUAACAGUAUUAUGUUUACUUAUGGUUGCCCACAACUUUUUUGAAUUGUUAGUUGGUAUAAAAGCAUUACCUGUUGGUGCUAAGGAAACAGUUGUAUUGGGGAUCUCCUCUCUGUCCACAUUAGGGUCAGUUGGAGCUACCUUAGAAAUUGUUUUAAUUUUGUAUGUUAUGUGUGCAUCUGUGGUAGGAUUUUAUAGUUUGCCAUUCUUCAAAAGAUUACGUCCAGUCCCACAUGAUACGUCCAUGGUCAAAAUCAUAGGAAACUGUGUGGUGUUACUCAUACUCAGUUCAGCAUUACCAAUUCUCUCUAGAAUGUUAGGUCUUACAAAUUUUAAUUUGAUUGGUAACUUUGGUAGUAUGGAGUGGCUUGGUAACUUGUAUAUCAUUUUAGCCUGUGAUGCUCUUUUUGCUGCACUUACAACUUUAUGUUUGACUGACAAAUUCACAGUAAAAGUGCGUACAGAAAUUUAUAACCGGUUUCUGAUGUUAUUCCAACGUGAUAGUAGGAGAACAUGGUCAUUUAGUUCAUACAUCAAUACAGGGAUGAAAGACGAAUAAUUUGGAUGCAGGUUGUUUAUAGAUUUUAAGUUUUAUGUUGGUAUGUUACAUUUUUAUAAUUGAAAAAAGGCUGUUCUGGUUCCAAUUAAAACAGAUAACUUCAGAAUGUGACAAGCAGUUCUAUGUUGAAAAAAUUGUUCAUGUGGGUUGAAAGUAUCAAUGAAUUUGAACAUCUUAAAAUUUUUUAAAAAGUACAUUUUUGGGCAUGCUAUUUAUUGUUGAGUUGUAUCAAUGGAGCUUGUCCAAUUUGUCUUUUAUACCUUCAUGGUUUUUAACCUAAUAGAACCGGGAGGUUGAAUAAUGUCACAAAAUAUUUGGCAAGAUGUAAAUUUUAAAGAAUAAUUUUAUUUAAGUUGAAACCAUAUAUUUUCUUUAAAAGGAUUUCCUUACAUUUCUGCAGUAUCUGAAUAACAUAAAAAUCUACAGCAUAUUUAUUUUGUGUAGUAGGUAAGGUUUUAAAUAAGUGAGUUAAUUAAAAACAGUGUAAUAAUCAAUUCUAAAAUCUUUAAGAUUCAUUUCAUUGUAUUUGAUAAAGCAUUUCAUUUCACAGACUUGCAAUCAUAUUAUGUGGAACCAAUCAUUUGCUGCACAUUUUGACAAUUCAUAAUUUACAAAAUCCUACAAAAUAACAGUUUAAAACUGUUGAAAUAUAGUGCUAAUGUAUUUAAAAUGGUAGACAUUUUAAGUUUUUGAUGGUCAGUAUUUUUAUUUCAAUAAAUCCAUUUAACUAAGUGUAUUGUAUUACAUGUCUAUGUGUUUUGUUUUAAAGAAUGUAAUGUUGGAUGAUUUUUUUUAUUAAAAUUUAUUAUCAAAUUUAUUAAAAAAGGUUUGAAGAAGAAGACAAAAAGGAUAAUUUAUUGCUAUUGUUUUAAAGCUGAAACCACCACACUGAAAUUAUUUGGGCCUAGAAAAUGAAAAUCUAAAAAUAAUUUUCAAAUUAUUUAUUUGUGUAAAGCUGUUAACACGAUAGGUUUCUUUGUUUCUAUUCAUGUAACAUGUUAUACAUCAAUUUGGUUGUUAGUAAUGUAUGAAAUUAUUUACUUAGGGAGAUUAUCUUAACAUUCCAUGUGUAAUUUUAGUUUUGACUCUGUUUUUAAUUUAGAAUAUUGAUGGAUGUACAGCGAACAAUGUUUAUAUUGGUUAAUUUUAAUAUAUUGAAUUUUUAAAUUCAUUAAAAAGAAGCCUAUCUUUUUUAAUUAUAUUUUUUUUUACUGAAAAUUAUGCUUUGGGACCAGGAAAGAAAACAUAUGCUUCAUAUUAUAUAUUUUAAUUACUUUUGACUGAACAGAUAUGUCACUAGUUCUAUCUUUAUUUUGCAUUCGAAAUCAGUUUAAACAAGUUCCCAAAAAAAAACCUUUACAGAAAUUUAAAGGAUUACCUUACUAUUUAUCAAUAUGUACAUGUAAAUUGUAAGCAGACUUUAGUAUAAGUAACAUUUUCCCUCUCUAAGGUGAGUUGUCAAUCCUUGUGUUUUCAUUGGUUGCUAGGUCCCUUAGUUUCUGUUAUUCUGUACAAUUAUCUGUCAUAUUUGUCCAGGUACUGUAGAAUAUUUUUGAAUGUUGUUUGUUCUGUCAGACAAUCUUGAUCUCUUUAGGGUUUCCUGUGACCGUGUCCAUGGUGUAGAUUUAGCUUGUAAAACAAGAAAGUUGUGUGAAUUAGGAAUGUUAUAAUUUUAUUUUUAUUAAAACCUAUAUUGCUUAUAUGAUUUAUGUGUGAAUCAGGAUUUUUAUUUAAACAUUAAUGAUACACAAUGUUCAUUCUUUUUUAUGACAAUGUUGACUUGCAAAGAAUUCAAGCAUUCCUUGAGAACCUUGAUUAACAUAGAUAGUUUCGAAAAAGAAAUAAUUACCAAAGCAAGAUGGCAAUCUUAAAUGUUUUACUUAUGUAUAAUAGACUCUGAACCAUCAAGUUUCUAAUCUUUAAGAGAAAUCAUAUUAUAUUUGUUUUAAAUAAUAAAGGAUGCAAAAUAAUUAAUUUAUAAUAGGAAUUUAAAUGUAGAUUUUAUUUUUGAGUUAUACAGAAACUGGGAGUAGUGCUGAAAAGGUUUGAUGCUUUCUUGCCUUGCUUAAUUGAUCACUUGUUUCAAUGUUAAUAAUAGUUUGUUCUUAUUUAAUCAAAGAUUGUUUCUGUACAUUUGAAAAUAUGUUUGAACUGAUAAACUGUCUUGAUAUAUUUUGGACAUAUUGUGCCAUUUGGCAAAUAUUUCUGUGACUUCAGUCUAUCUUAGAUACAUAAAAGUUAUAUUCAUUUUGUGUUUUAAAAAUUUUUUUAAAAAACUUCUUCAGAUUUUUUUUUUUUUUUUUUUUUUUCAACCCUGCAGAAGAUGGUAAAAUAAACAAACGCUUGAAUUUCAUUUGAUACAAUCCGCUCAGUUCCACUGUUUAAACCACUUGGUGUUGUGUAGAUAUCAUCCAUGUCAAUCAUUACAAUACAAUACAAUUAUUACUGCAGUGGGAGGGACUUCUCAAACAUUUUCCCCAACUUCUUUACUUUUACACCUUUAAAAAAAAUACACUGCAAAAUCCAGGAAAAUUUAUUAUUUUCCGAAACUCCGAAUGAAUUUAGAUUUUAUAUAUCUAGGUCAAUCCGUGCCUUUAAAAUUUUCCAGUUGAACAGGUUUGUAUGUACUCAGACCAACUUUUUAGGUUUAAACACAACCAUAUUUGCCUAAAGGUUAUGAUGAAUCUUAAAGGUAUUUAGUUGUUUCCUUCAUUGUGAAGUCAGGUUACCUGCAAACAAAGAAAAAUUCUAGUCAGUUUGAUGUAAUUUGUAUAACAAAGUUUAAUCUCCCGUUUUUUUUUUUUUAACUGAAAACAAAAAAGAAGAAUGGGUUUGUUUUAUUAUUAUUAAAGGGCAUUAAAAAUAAUUUACACAAAAAAUAAAAAAUAUGAUUUUUUUUGUUUCAAACAUUGAUAAAACCAGAAUUUUUAAAUAGUAUGUCGCUUUUCAGUUUGGUUCAAUUUUGUCAAAAUAACCUCUGAAACAUUACUGAUGUAAUAUUGAAUACAAUCGAAAUGCUGAUACAUUAUAAGGAGUUCAUCCAUUGUUAAUUGUUUCUUUUGGACUUUUUUUGUAAUUUGGAUAUACGUUCAGUAUGUUAUAAAUAUAAUCUUAGAAAAUUGAGUGACAUCGAUGAACAUGAAUUGUACAGCUAAUGCUCCUUUAAGGCAUUGAAAUGCUUAAUUUUACUCAGCAACAAAUUAUUUUGAAAUGAAUCUCAAAAAAGUUUAUGAAGAAAUAAACAAAAGUUAAUGAAGAAAUGAAAUAUAUAUAUAUAUGUAAUGCUCACAUGGUUCAUGCUUUUGUUUUAAAAGUGAAUAAUUAGGAAAAAAUAAUUCAAGUUAAUUAACGUAGUAUUUUAAACUGAUUAGAGCAAUAAUUUUUAAAAUGUAUUCUAGAAUUAAUUAGAAAAUAAUAGAAAUUACUGACAUUGCUAGUAGGUUCGGCAUUUUAGCUCUAAAAUAAUAUAUAGCCAAAGUUAAGUUUAUUGGUUAACAAUAGUUAUUGACAGAUAGGUAGAACUACUACAUGUAUUUCAAAUCAAAUAUGUUUUAUUUGCUCAAAAUAUUUAACAAAACUUAGUUUUAGCAAGUUGUUGAUAUAAUUGAUAAUUUCUUAUUUUUGUAAACAUACACUUUCAGAUUAUGGGACCAUAUAUUUAUUGUUGUUAAAAAAGUUUAAUAUAAGAUUGAACAUAAAAUCAGAGAAAGUCAUAUGAUAGGCCAGUGUCUUUAAGAAAUAAAUUCAGGUUCCUGUAAAAGUUCAUUUCUAAAAAUGACUUCUAAAGUUUGUAACCCUAUGCUUCAUACAAUUAUGUUUUUGUUCCACUCAUAAAUUUCUAAAGAUAUAUAAAUAGUUGACCAUUAUUUAUAAAAUGUUUAACAAAAUGAAUUAUGACAAGUAUUAAAGAACUGACAAUGUAUUUUCUAGAGAUAAAUAUUUUAAUGAUUAAUAUGAAUAAAUGGAGAGGUGGGGUAUUCAGCAAUGAGACAGCAACUCAACAACAGAAAAACCACAAGGAAUGAAAUUGUAUUGAUGCUUUCUGAUAUAUAUUGUCCUUAUUGACAUCAACACUGUGAAGGGAUGAACCUUUUGAACUAACUAGUAUAUGUUUUUAGUUUUCUGUAUAGUUGGCAUAUAUUUCCUAUGAUGAUAUUCAGAGAAAUUACUGUAAAUUUUUAAAAAUUUUAUUAGGGCACAUUUAAAACAUUGUCAAUACCUUACAAGUCAAAUGCAUAUAACAGAUUCUAUUGGACUAUGAUAAUUACUGUAUACAAACUCAUUUUUUCAACCAAUUUAUUUUUGCAACUUUUUCGAGUAGAAAAGUAAUGGAAAUAUAAAUCAUUGCUAAUUUGUCAAACUACAUCUUCUCUUUAAUAUAUGAAAACAUCAGCAAAGUUAGAACAAUUCAAAACUAAAUUGUUGUGGAAAAAGGCUAAAACAAAAAAUAACGGCUAAGAUAAUGUUGGUUUAUUGUGCCCAAAGUUUGCUGAAGAAACCUGAUGUUUACCAGUGUCUUGAUUUUUAUAUAUACAUCCUUGUGCUUACAGCAAUCAAAUUGUCAAUUAUGGUUUAGAUUUCUGAAUUAACCAAAUGUUUUCAAUAUCAGUUUUUUAUUGCAUGAAGUAAAACUCUAAAAUGAUUGUAUAUUUUUGUGCACAUUUUUUGUACUUACCUGAAUUUAAUCCGUCUAAUUAUAAAAUGCAACAAACAUUUUGCCAAAACAAUGCAAAGCCAUUAUAACAUUGUAAGUACCAUGAAAAAGCCUUUUUAUUUAUCAUUUUUAUAUGCUUUUAAACUAUUUAACUUAAUUACAGGUUAUGACAAUACCUUCAUUUUAAAGGGUAAUAAUUGAUAUAUAUCCAAAUGUCAAAAUCUAUUGUUUGAAAAUUGAGAGAUAUUUGUAAGAAUUUUCACAGAAUGAAAAGUACAUUUUUGUUGAGCCUGCAACAUUUAUAUCAAGAUAGCGAGACAUAGCGAUCCUAGAUUCCGUUGUCAGCGUUAUUAUAUAAAUAACACGUAGCUGAGAGGGUGAUAGAGCAGAUUGUUACCCCGAGAAAACAUUGUCAACUGAGGCGAAGCCAAGGUUGACAAUGUCUUUUCGAGGGGUAGCAAUCUGCUCUAUCACCCUCUCAGAUAUGUGUUAUUUAAUUUAUUAUACUGGAUGUUCUGUUAUUACUGUCUAUUAAAUUUCAAAUUCAAAGUAAUAAACUAUGACGUCUUGUACAUAACAACCAUCCGUAUUUAAUAAAGCUCACACUUGUUCAAGCGUCUUCGUGAAGGGUAAUAGAGUAUUUGCCAUAGGAUAGAGUCGUAUUUAAUAAAGCGCACACUUGAUCAAGCGUCUCUGUGAAAGGUAAUAGAGUAUUUACCAUAGGAUAGAGUAAAUUGUCUCCCUCGUAUUAACCAACCAAAAUCUGGCAUUUUGACAUGAAGUAUAAUAAAAACAUUUAGGUUCAUUCUGUGGUUUAAGUUUUAGACAUCAACAACUUUGUGAAACCUUUAUGGAAUUUUAUGAAAUUUACUGCAGUUCCAAAAACAGAAAAAAUGUCUUCAAUAAUUAUACAACCACAAUUAGCCUUCAUAAGAACAGGCAAGGGUAUAACAGAAGGAAUUUGUUUCAGUUGUUAAAUAUUUUUAGAACAAAUGUUUAUAUUUUUUACUGUUUGUGUUUUACACAGGACAGUUUUUUGUCAGUCUUUAAAGUACCCUGUAAAUAAAUAAGUGCAUUAAACACUUUCCUCACCAUAUGUCCCUUGUAUGUGAACAAAGAUAUACAUGUAUCACAUUAUUAUCACAACCAAUGUCAUUAAUAAAUGCUCAUUUACUUUAUUUAUUUGUGCAAUUAGUAUAUAAAGUUAUUAUUUUACUAAAUGUAUUUGUAUUGUUUAAUUGUUAUUUAGCAGUAUAGAAUUAAAAAAUAUCUAUAAAAAUUAAUAAAAAAUAUAGUAAAAUUA